GAAAAAAAACACUAAAACGGAAACCCCUUUGUCUUUUUGCUGUCCAAUCAAAGCUCCAGUUUUGCGCAUGUGCAAUAUGAGCAUACUUAUAUACCUCUUCUGGCGGCCUUUUUCAGUUGAGGGAAUUCCAUGCCGACUGUUGGACCUCACUCAAUUUCAGUAUCCUACUACAUCACUAUCUUUUCUGUGUUAUUAAAUCUCAGAAAAUAAAAAAAUGGACCCUAACCAGGAUCAACCCUUGAAGAUCACAAAUAAUGGACAAAUGAAUGAAGUUGUCACGAACGGAGAAAAUGUUGCAGAGGAGACCUCAGGGUGCAGGCCGGCUCCCGCCCAAAGUCAGGAGGCAUCGGCUCCAGUCCCUCACCACCCUGUGCGUGAACAGGAUGCAGCGGUACAUGUAACCCAUUCUUUAAAGUGGCAAUGGAACAAGAACAGCUACACCAUUACCUGCAAUAAUGCAAGAGGGGUCGAGAGCGCGCUGAAGAAAAGUUCACAGUACAAGGAAAUUGCAAAAAAGAAUAAAAACAAAGAGCUUGUUAUUAUGAGAGCUGGAAAGGCUAUCAGUUCACACUUUCCAUGCAGCUUAGUUAAAAAUGAGCAGCUGACUUUAAAGUAUUUCAAAGCUGCAAACACACCAAGGCAACUGGCUGGUGGUAUUGAUCAUUGCCAGAGAAAGAGGCCAUCUAGUGACCUGGUAAUGUUUCAUUUACUGACAAAGGGAGGCUCAAGUGUACGGAGAAUCAUGAGAAACUCGGAGCUAGAAAAAAAAAACAUUGAUAGGAUAACUAUUUAUGCAUACAAAGGUGAAAAAGUGAAAUAUGCUCUGAAAAGAGAUGGCCGUUUAAUGGAUAUCGUAUUCAAAAAGAACUGUGCACUCUCCAACACAAACACCGAAGAAACCACUGAAAUGUCCGAUCUCGUUCACGAUCAUGAUGGUGAAACUUUCAUGAUCAAGCUGCUCGAUAUGUGCAGUCCACCAGAAAGUCAGCCUGACGGCUUGGAGGAAAUCUCCACGGUGCAACUUGAACCUCAGAGGUCUGACUCUGAAGGAAACCCAGGUCCACCCCAGCCGUCUGACACAACAGAGUCAGUGAAUGUCAACACACCAGAAAAUAAAGCAACGCUAGAUGGUAAAAAGCCACCGGAUAUGUUCCAUGAAAUACUCCAUUCAAAACAGACACUGAUGGACUUAUCCACAGAUUUGACAAAGAUGCUGAAGGGAAUGAGUAAUCAGCGAGUUCCUAGUGUUUCUCGUGUUCGUAAUCUGCUCCGUGUGGAGUACUCAAAGAACGAUGAGGCAUGCAGGGAAGUGAGAACAAUGAAGACCCUGAUGGAUCUCAGUAAUUCUGUUUGCCAAGUGAGAAUCAACGACAGAGCAGAGGGAAGUGGCUUCCUCCUCUUCGACAAGUUUGUCCUCACAAAUGGCCAUGUAGCUAACUCAUUUUAUAAUGAGAACACGCAGCAGCUUUCUCAGGGAGUCACUGUCCAUUUCUCCUUUGAAAGUCUUGCUGAGAUGGCUCCAGGAGCAGCAGUAGAAGAGGUUGUUGGAUUUGAAUACUGUAAGUCGGGGCAGAUGCGUGACUGGGCUUUGAUGAGGAUUCGUACUGAUCAAAACUUGCCCGACGGUCUGUUGACACGUUUGGGAGAUCUUCCCAAACGUGGUGGAAUUUGCAUCAUUGGGCAUCCUGAUGGAGGAGUGAAAAUGAUAGAUCCAUGCUUCAUUAUCCCAAAUGAAAACCACCAACAGGUUGUCGAGAAGCAUGAACGUAAAAAUCCACAAGGCGUUUGGCCGCUCAAUCGUGACUAUAAAAACGGAGAGAACAUUCAGUUAAUUACCUCCCUUUUCUUCAAGGAUGUGAAAAAUGAUAAAACGUACAGUCAGGCUCUGCAUUACGAUACUUGUUUUUAUUUUGGCUCCUCUGGCUCUCCUGUCUUUGAUAUGGACUGCAACGUUGUUGCAAUGCAUAGGGGCGGGUAUACGUACCGCAAUGCAAAGAAUGAAAUGCACAGCGUCGUAGAGUACGGCUGUCCUCUGUACGCAGUUAUUGAUCACAUCAUUGUCCACAUGGUGGAAAAAGGAAAGGCUGAUGUGUUGAAGGGAUUGCUGGCUUGCAGUGAUGAACGACAUCGACCACAGAUGAUUGCAUAUUUGAAGCAGCUGGUUGGGAGUAAGGGGAAUUGGAACGAGUUCUCUGAAUUAUUCUCACAGGAAGAAGUUUCUGUCCCAAUGGACGAGGAUUGAGCAGAUCCUGCUGACAAAAAGCAGAGCGAGCGUCUUCAGAAGUGAACAUGAACAGGCUUUCAUGUCUGUUAUCACUGACAAUCAUUCAACAUAAUCAUUUUUAGUAAAAUCUUUAUUUCAAAAUACGUAUUUAAAUUGUCGUUCUGUUCUGAAAUCUAUCUGAAUAAAUAAUAUUCAUGAAUGUGCUUGUUCACCAUUGGCCUGUUAGAUUUCAAUGUCUCAACAUUGGCCAAUAUUAUCUUACAUAUGUUGUUUGUUUGUUUUUACGUCAUCACACACGUAGCAUUAAGUUGCAGUACAGAAAUGCCAAAGAUACAGUAUGGUGACUAACUGUAAACUGUGGAUUAUUAAAUGUUUUGGACAAUAUUCUUAUCAGAAAUGUUUUUAAAAAAUGUUUGAUUUAUUUCAUAUACAAUAAAGUGAUUACCUUCA